GAUGGGGCAGCAAAUGGCAAGGUACAAUCUGGACAGAGGAGCCCGUUUGUACUCGAGGAAUAAGCGAAUUGAAGCUAUUGAAAAAUGGAAAGUAGCUUUGAAUCAAGUUAGAAGGGCUUCGGAUAAAUUUUCUGCUCUAGCAUAUUUAAUUUCAGCCAGCGCACAACUCAACCAUCCAUUUCAAAUGCUGGAAUACGCCCAACAGCAAAGGAAUAUUGCUGAAAUGCUAGAUUGCGCGGUUAAAGACGCUUAUGCCAAUUUUAAUUUAGCUGUUGCUCGCUAUUACCUCGGCGAGAAUCGUUGGUGUGUUCGAAGAGUUGAAACCUUAUUGGAGCGAGAUGCGCCUAAAGACACUAGAUUAACCGUCGAUUGUCAUUUAUUUGCAGCACGUUCAUUAUUAGCUUUGGGAGAAUUUGAUGCUUGUAUUCGUCAUUUAUAUGAAGCAAGAAUUAUAAGGAAUAAACAGGAAAUUGAACUACAAAUUCAUAUAAUCUUGGGUGAUCUUUUGAUAGAACUGAGAGAUUAUGAAAAAGCCGAAGAACACUAUGAAUGUGCCAAGGGAUUAUCGGAAAGUUUUGAUGUAACUUCUAGCAAAUAUCAAAGAGAAUCCGAGAUUAGAUUAGCAGAAGUAAACUGCAAAUUUGAGAGAUUGGACGAGGCUACAUCGAUUGCUAAGGACGCGUUACGUGCCUCGAUGCUUGAAGGUGAUGUUCAGUUGGAGGCUCGAUGCCUAACAUGUUUAGGAGAGGCGAAUAGACGUCGCGGGGAUUAUCAUGAAGCUUUAGAGAACUACGAACACGCUAAACGUAAACUGGCAUCUAAUCUUCCGCAAGAUUUUCAAAAACGUCCCCAGCAACUACUGCACCGUUUGGAGAUAAAGAUUUUAUUGGGUAAGACUGCAACUUUAAUGGCAAUGCGACGCAACGGCUGCAUUUGCGAAUGCAAGGUCGCUCUAGAAUUGAACAAAAUUAUUUUGUCCAAAGCUGAACAGAGUGACGAUAAGAUGACAAAGUUGAGGUGCAAUGUCUACUUGGAGAAGUUGUACAGAUAUUUAUCGGACUGGCCUGCAGCUCACCUCUGCUCUAUAGCCGCCCAGGACAUACUUCAAGUAAAAUGA